CUUUAUAACUAAACUCAUGGGGGUAGAAUAGCAUGUUGUUGCUUUUAUUAGACAACACAAUUAACUAUAUUUAUUUAUUUUAUAUAUAAAACGAUUAAUUUAAUAAAUUAAGACCAGAAAAAGAAAAAAAAUCGUAUUCAUUGCCCGUCUUUUAACGAACCUACGGUACCACGUGGUCUUCAAAACCGAAAUGACCUCUCUUGCUAGCUAGCGGUGGCAAACCAGAGGAAUUUAUGCUAGCAUUUCCUGAUUAUAGAUAGUUUGCACAAUGGACCAGACUAAACAAGACGAAGAAUAUGGAUAUGACCUUUUUCCUGAUAGAAACACGAAAAAUUUCAAGAAAAAUUCAUUUAAGGAGAGCAUAUUCACAUUUAAUAACAAGUGUCAGGUCAUGUUACAGUUCGCAAUGGAAACUAGUCCGUAUGCCAAACUCCUCCUCAGUGCCAUGAAAAACUCAGGGUGUAAAGUUUUAAAAGAACGGCACUUAUCCUGUGAAGACUGUGAUGGGACAGUUAGCGGUGGCUUUGAUGCAGCCUCCUCUCAGAUUGUUUUGUGUCAGAACAACAUCCACCAGCAGUCUCAUAUGAACAGAGUGGUCACACAUGAGCUUAUUCACGCCUUCGACCACUGCCGGGCCCAUGUAGACUGGUUCAACAACUUCAGACAUCUGGCUUGUUCUGAGAUACGAGCAGCUAACCUCAGUGGAGACUGCUCCUUUACCAAUGAAGUAUCUAGAUUCAACUUUGGCCUAAAGCAGCAUCAUCAGGAGUGCGUCCGCGGUCGUGCUUUGCGCUCCAUUCUGGCUGUCAGGAAAAUCAGCCAAGAGGAAGCAGAGAAAAUAGUUGAUGAGGUGUUUGACUCAUGCUUCAAUGACCACGCGCCCUUUGGACGGAUCCCUCACAGCAAGAAAGAUGCAAAGUUUGCCUUUAGAGAUUACGCAAACAGGGAUAGAUAUUAUUCAAACCUUUAGUGUUUGUCGCAAUGUAAGUAAUUUAAGGGUGCUCUGGCAGGCGAGGACACGAAAACGAACUUGGCAAAAAAAAUAUCUUCAAAGCCCUGAGGACGACUGUGUGAAGACAAGAACGACAGUACGUUUCAUUUUCUUCCAUUUGGAGAGUUCUGUGAAAAGUGAUUUUAAGGACUGAUUUUGCUCUUAAAGUGAACACCAGUGAUUUUUGCCAUUUGUUGUUAGGUAAUCAAUGGGUGCUUUGGAAAUCCAAGAUUUUUUUUUCCAUCAAUAUUUGCUGUGAAAAUAAUGAGAAUUGUGGAUACAUUUCUUCCUGCGGUUCUUUUUAGCACAUGAGUAGAGCUCAAUGUGAUUACAUUAAAUAUUUGAAUUAAAAUUUGAUUUGAAGUU